AUGGCGGAAAACGCAGCAGACUCUGUGCCCCAGUUUGCCUUCAAGAAGCGCGCCGGCAAAGCGAAAGCGACCUUCCGCAAGAAGGCCGCCACUCCACCGCCUGCCUCCGACUCCGACUUCACCUCCUCCGACGAUGACGAAGGACGUCGCGUCAAGCGGCGGCGUAAGAAUGCAGCCGUGACCGCAUCAUCCACAUCCAACACUCGGGUUCCCACCGAGGACCAGCCUACGAACGGCGGUCCCGCACCAUUAACAACCAGCAACGACGCGACCAAAUCCUCCAACUGGUACGAUGAAGAAGACUUGAGCGCCAAGAACCUCCUGGGAUCAACUCGAGCACGGCCGACUCCAUCCACCUCGUCGACCAUUCCGGACGGCACCUACAAGGGAACGGCAAACUACCAAUCCUUCAUCCAGAAGAAUCCGGACGCACCUAGCAAGCAGUUUGGGCCGAUCAAAGCUUCGACGAACGUCCGUACGAUCACCGUGAUGGAUUAUGCGCCUGACGUGUGCAAGGACUAUAAAAAGACAGGAUUCUGCGGUUUUGGCGACAGCUGCAAGUACCUGCACGCCCGCGAGGACUACGCGCAUGGAUGGGAAUUGGACCGCCAAUGGGACGACAAAACCAAGGGCAAGCAGUUGAACGGGAAGGUUGUGUCUCAGCGCAAGGGCGCGGGCAAGGCCGCCGAGGACGCGGAUGACGAUGAUGACGAAGAUCUGCUGGAGAAUAUCCCGUUUGCCUGCAUUAUCUGCGAAAAAUCCUACCAGAACCCGAUCAUCACCAAGUGCGGGCAUUACUUUUGUGAAUCGUUGUUUAAUGUGGCGAAGAAGCUGACCGCGUUGCUGGACAAGAAGCGGGAGCGCGCGCGAAAGCUGCGGGAGAAGGCGAUUGAGGAGGGCGAGGAGGUGAGCGAGGAAGAGGAGGAGUGA